UGUCGAUAAAUUAGUUAACAGUCGAUAAAAAUAUUAAUUCGCAAGUAUCUGAGAGUAUGAAUGUAUGAGUAUAUAAUUAAAGACAUGACUAUUACUUUAUCAGCUGAUCACUGAAGAAACAUAACCUUCUUAAAGAAUAUGUAUAAAUUUAGUGAAAAAAUGUUUAAUGGCAAAGUUAUGCCAGAUAUGGCUCAAAAUGUUCGAAUAAUAAUUGACCUGAAAGGAUUGAACAAAACAAACAGUCUUUUCAUAGAUUGCAUACGUUUGUUUUCUGAGAAAAAAACAAAUGGAAAAGUGGAAAGUGAAAGGAUUAAAGAAUUUAGGAAAAAAUUACGUGAACGUACACCUCUAGAUAAAUUACCAGAAUUUGAAGAAGGAAAGCAUCCAUAUCAAGAAAAAGAACCUUUGAAAUCAUUUCCAGAUAAUACAAAUCCAAAAACAGGUGAAAUUAAUGGACCUCGUGGACCAGAACCAACUCGUUAUGGAGAUUGGGAAAGAAAAGGACGUGUAUCAGACUUUUAGAUACAUUCGGUACAAAUAUCGCAAUAAUUAUUUUAAAAGAAAUAUAUUAAUUAUAUAUCAUUAGUAAUAUUUACAUUAUAAUGUUAUUAUGUAAAUUGUAAAUAUAAGUUAUACAUGAUAAAGUGUUAAUCUCAUGAAACUUCAUCGAUACUUCUGUAAAGUAAUAGGAAUUAUAUAUAAUAUUUAGAGA